GGUACAGACAUGAUUCUACAGGUACAGACAGGUACAGCUACAGACAGGUACAGACAUGAUUCUACAGGUACAGACAGGUACAGCUACAGAUUGCUACAGACAGGUUUCUACAGGUACAGACAGGUUUCUACAGGUUUCUACAGGUACAGCCAGGUUUCUACAGGAACAGACAGGUUUGUACAGGUUCCUACAGGUACAGAUAGGUUUCUACAGGUUUCUACAGGUACAGCCAGGUUUCUACAGGAACAGACAGGUUUGUACAGGUUCCUACAGGUACAGAUAGGUUUCUACAGCUACAGAGAGGUACAGACAGGUAUCUACAGCUACAGACAGGUACAGACAGGUACAGACAGGUACAGACAGGUUUCUACAGCUACAGACAGGUUUCUACAGGUUUCUAGAGGUUUCUACAGGUACAGACAGGUUUCUUCAGGUUUCUACAGCUACAGACAGGUACAGACAGGUUUCUACACGUACAGACAGGUUUCUACAGGUUUCUACAGCUACAGACAGGUUUCUACAGCUACAAACAGGUUUCUACAGCUACAGACAGGUUUCUACAGGUUUCUACAGCUACAGAGAGGUACAGACAGGUAUCUACAGCUACAGACAGGUACAGACAGGUACAGACAGGUUUCUACAGCUACAGACAGGUUUCUACAGGUACAGACAGGUUUCUACAGGUUUCUACAGGUACAGACAGGUACAGACAGGUUUCUACAGGUACAGACAGGUACAGACAGGUACAGACAGGUUUCUACAGCCACAGACAGGUACAGACAGGUUUCUACAGGUUUCUACAGCUACAGACAGGUUUCUACAGCUACAGACAGGUUUCUACAGGUUUCUACAGCUACAGACAGGUUUCUACAGGUACAGACAGGUUUCUACAGGUUUCUACAGCUACAGACAGGUUUCUACAGCUACAGACAGGUUUCUACAGCUACAGACAGGUUUCUACAGCUAUAGAAAAAAAUGACAUUUCUCUGAGUUUGAACAUUUUUGGAAACAUUUGAGAUAAUGUAAGAAUUCAACACAGAGUUUAUACACUGUUUAAUGAUUAUAGAUUAUUGAUUGAAUCAGCUCCAUAUAGAACAUAGCUCUAGAGUUCAUACACUGUUUACUGGGGAAACAGAAUCAUCAGUCUUAUCAACAACUACAACUCCCAUGAGUCUUGUGCACUUAAAUAAUCUCCUCAAGUAGACAGUUAUGGUCUUAACUUUGGGGAUGUACGGUGUCACAUCACUGAUCAAUGAACUGUAUGUUCUAGCUCCG